GAAUAGUAGCAAACCAUGUUGAUGGCAAUGUGCAGUCAAGUAGGAGCACCACAUUCUUGGACUCCAACACAGUGCAACCUAAAUGCUCCAUCCAAAACAAUUCUAAAAGCCAAAAAGACACACUCAAUGCCUCCUGAGAAGAAAGAAAUUUUCAAGUCAUUAGAGAGUUGGGUAUCCGAACGUGUAUUGCCACUGGCCAAACCUGUGGAGGAAUGCUGGCAGCCACAUGAUUUCUUGCCAAACUCAGCAUUACCGUCAGACGAGUUUAUCGAUCAGGUGAACGACUUAAGGGCUCGAACGGCUGGACUUCCAGAUGAAUAUCUUGCAGUUUUGGUGGGUAACAUGAUCACUGAAGAAGCAUUGCCUACAUACCAAUCAUAUUUUAACAACGCCAAUGGGAUUGGAGAUGAGACCGGUGCAAGCGACAAUCCAUGGGCUAUAUGGUCGCGCUCAUGGACUGCUGAGGAGAAUAGACAUGGAGAUUUGCUCAAAACAUAUCUCUAUCUAUCUGGCCGGGUUGAUAUGCAAAUGGUUGAGAAAACUAUCCAAUACUUGAAUAUUGGAGCUGGCAUGGUGAUACAUUUAAUUUUCACUCACACUAUCUAA